AACACGAGGCUCAGAAAAAAGAGAGAUAAUAUUUAAAAUAAAAAAAAUUUAGCAAUUAUAUCUUCCAUGACCAGUUUCAUUACCAUCGUAUAUGGUUUUCCAAAAAUCAACCAUGACCCUCUUUUCAUUAUCAAUUGCAUUUACCUUCUUAACUUACCUCUUAACCUUAUCCCAAACACAAUUAUCUCCAAAACCAUGCAACGAUCCCUACAAACAACUCAACCUUAUUCUUAAUCCAAACGGCACAAUCACACGCCCAAAUAAAUCACCAGAAACCCCUCCCUCACUAGAUCCCACUCUCCCAAUUCUCUCUAAAGAUCUUAUCAUCAACCAAUCAAAACACACGUGGGCUAGGAUCUACCUACCCCGCAAAGCACUGGAUCAAAACCCCAAGAACCGUUUUCCGCUUGUGAUUUUUUUCCACGGUGGCGGAUUUAUUUUCCUAAGUGCGGCCUCAACUAUUUUUCAUGAUUUUUGUUUUAACAUGGCAAACGACGUCGUUGCGGUUGUUGCGUCUAUAGAGUACCGUCUCGCACCAGAACAUAGACUCCCAGCUGCAUACGAAGAUGCGGUGGAGGCGCUGCACUGGAUAAAAUCUAACCAAGAUGAUUGGUUUAAGGGACUUAAAAAUUAUGUCGAUUAUUCCAAUGUUUUUCUUAUGGGGAGUAGUGCGGGUGGGAAUAUAGCGUACAACGCGGGUCUACGUGUAGCUGCACGCGAUGAUGAAUUUUCUAAGAUGAUCAAAGGGAUAAUAUUAGUUCAACCUUAUUUUGGUGGAACCCACAGGACGAAUUCGGAAAUUAAACUUGCUAAUGAUUCUCAUUUGUCGUUGUGUAAUAAUGAUAUGAUGUGGGAAUUGUCGUUACCUAUUGGAGUUGACCGUGAUCAUGAGUAUUGUAAUCCAACGGUGGGAGAUAGUGUUUUGAAAUUGGAAAACAUCAGACGGCUUGGAUGGUUUGUGUUGGUUACUGAUUGUGAUGGUGACCCACUUGUGGACCGUUCGAUUGGCUUGGUGAGUUUGAUGGAAAAAAAGGGUGUGAGAGUUGUGGGACAUUUUACAAGAGGAGAUUAUCAUGGUGUGCAAGAUCGUGAUCCAUUGAAAGCUAAGGAACUCUUUGUUGUAAUUAAAAGUUUUUUUGGGUCUCUGUUUAAUUAUACAAUAGAAUGAAGCAUGUUGUUUCUAAAGUUUGUAAUGUUUUGUACUCAUGUCUUUGUUUUGGGUCAUUCAAAAUUAUAAAUCAUUGGUAGUAGUUAAUGUUUGGUUUUUGUACUUAGAUUUGAAUAUUCAUCUUUGGUUGUGUAAAUGAAGUUAGAUUAGUAAAAAAUGAAAGACAAUAUAUCUCAUAGAUUUUUAAGUCAUACGAA